AUGACGGCAUCCUCGGCGGUCCGGCGCGCGGCUGCAUCGAUUGCGCGGCGCCCAGCGACGACGACCACGAUGACGACCACAGCAGCUGGCGGGCGCGCGGCAUUUUCCAGCACGGCGGCCGGACGGUCGGCCGGCCACCACCACGAGUCGCCGUACGACGCGCCGACCGGCUGGCUGUUCGGCGUCAAGCCAGGCGACAAGUACAAGAACGAGGGCUGGGAGAAACCCAUGUUUUGGGGCUUCUGCGGCAGCCUGGUCCUGUUUGCAGCGAUCGUGCCCUUUAAGCCGGACAGCUCCAUCCAGACCUGGGCGCUCGAGGAGGCACGGCGGCGGUUAGAGGCCGAGGGCAUCCUGGCCGACCCGUUCCCGGAGAAGAAGUAG